AUGUCGCAGAGGACCGACAUGGACAAAACAAUAAAGGAUACGUCUAUCCUGGAAGAGUACAACAUCAACUGGACGCAGAAGCUUGGGGCUGGAAUCAGUGGUCCAGUAAGGGUUUGUGUGAAAAAAUCAACUCAAGAGCGGUUCGCACUGAAGAUUCUUAUAGAUCGGCCAAAAGCCAGAAAUGAGGUACGAUUACAUAUGCUGUGUGCAGCACAUACAAACAUUGUGCAAAUCAUCGAUGUUUAUGCAAACAGUGUGCAGUUUCCCCACGAAUCUAGUCCAAGGGCACGGCUCCUAUUUGUUAUGGAGAUGAUGGAGGGGGGCGAGCUGUUUCACAGAAUCAGCCAGCACCGGCACUUCACUGAGAAGCAAGCCAGCCAAGUAACAAAGCAGAUUGCUUUGGCCCUACAGCAUUGUCACUCAUUAAACAUUGCCCACAGAGAUCUGAAACCAGAGAAUUUGCUGUUUAAGGAUAACUCCUUGGAUGCUCCAGUCAAAUUGUGUGAUUUUGGGUUUGCAAAAAUAGACCAAGGAGACCUAAUGACACCACAGUUUACCCCUUACUACGUAGCUCCUCAGGUUCUAGAGGCACAAAGAAGACACCAGAAAGAGAAGUCAGGAAUUAUUCCUACCUCCCCAACACCAUACACAUAUAACAAGAGCUGUGACUUAUGGUCCUUAGGUGUGAUUAUCUAUGUGAUGCUGUGCGGCUACCCUCCUUUUUACUCCAAACACCACAGCCGGACAAUCCCUAAGGAUAUGAGGAAGAAGAUUAUGACAGGAAGCUUUGAGUUCCCAGAGGAGGAAUGGAGCCAGAUCUCUGAAAUGGCAAAAGACAUUGUCAGAAAGCUGCUGAAAGUUAAGCCUGAGGAACGACUCACCAUUGAAGGUGUUCUGGACCACCCUUGGCUAAACUCCACAGAAGCCCUGGAUAAUAUUUUGCCAUCUGCACAGAUGAUGAUGGAUAAGGCAAUGGUUGCCGGGAUACAGCAAGCACAUGCAGAGCAGCUUGCCAACAUGAGAAUACAAGACCUCAAUGUCAACUUGAAACCAUUAAACAUUGUCAAUAAUCCCAUCCUGCGCAAGAGAAAGCUAUUGGGGACAAAACCUAAGGAAAAUGUUUAUAUCCAAGAUGCAGAGAAUGGAAGUGAAGAUUCCAAUAUUGCUUUGGAAAAACUGCGUGAUGUGAUUGCACAGUGCAUCUUACCACAAGAAGGUAAAGGAGAAAAUGAAGAUGAAAAAUUAAAUGAAGUUGUACACGAUGCUUGGGAAUUCAACAGAGACUGUAAAUUACUGAGAGACACUCUGCAAGGUUUUAGCUGGAAUGGACAAGGAUUUACAGACAAAGUCGAUCGUCUGAAACUUGCUGAGAUUGUAAAGCAGGUUAUCGAAGAACAAACAAACUGUCAAGAGGAUUCUCAAUAGCUGAAGCGUUUUUUUUUUUAUUUUAUUUUUUAUUGUUAUUAUUUUAUAGAAAAUGACUUGCGUCUUAAAUAACUGUAAAAUAGUUUUAUGUAAAUUAUAUCACUGACUUUCCACACCGCUUGAACAUACAGUAAAAAUGUAGAUAGAGGUUUAAACGAAAAAAAGAUCAUUGGUACUGUAAUUUAUUUAGAAAAUACUGGUUUAAAUAUUUUUUCACACUACUGUACUGUUAAUAGGUACAAGCCUAGCAGGGAAUCCGCAGCCGUUCAUAAACUUGUAGUACUCUACAAAGGUAUGAGUUCUCUCCUUUUUUCCGCCCCUAGGUAUUUAGCAGGCUGCUAUCUACACAAGCUGCUGGAUUCCUAAACUGUCAGACUAACACUUUCUGAGCAAUAUGGUUCAGUCUCUGCUGACAUUCAACAUGUUAACAUACUUGAAAAUAGCUGUAUGUUGAAUGUAACUGACUUGGUUACACUGGCUGGCGGUAUCCUCAGGAAUAAUUGGAUAGAGCACAUGCCUUUGAAUUGUUCAUCAGCUGCUCUGUAUAUGUGCCAGUAUAUUUCAGAAAGAUUUAAGACUUUCAAUUCGUAUCCAUGUUUUAAAAUUCUCUGUAGACUUCCUCCAAAGUUGACAAUGUUCAUAUCUUUACCAACCCUGGAACUAAGCAUUUCAUUGCCGUGGGCAAUUUGUCCACUAGGUGGUGCUCUUGUCUAGUCCUGAUAUGACAGAUAUCGUGUAUGUAUUUCUUUCAUAAUAACGAUUUUAUUUAAU